GCUGGCGGACUACAAAGCCCAGGGCCCCGCACGGCUGCCGGUUAGUUCCGGACAACGCCUGGUGUGUGGUAACAGCGGCGAACGCUUCCUUCUCGCAGGCGCUUCCGGCGCGGCGGUGAAGCCCCCUCGAGAGCUUCGAGGGCUCCGUGGGUCGGCGGGAGCCUAGAGUUUUUUCGCCAGUGCAGAGCAUAAUGAGGAAUAUAGCUUGAAGAAAAAUCUUGGCAUUUCUUUUAAUCUCUUCAAACUAUUGGGAGGGGAAGAUAUUUUCCAAGUUCAAGUAUUCUUGCACAACGAGGAAAAGGAAGAAACAUUUCAAGUGAAUGAGGAGUUUUUUGCUUCUAUAGUGUUUUCCUUGAGAAGUGGGUCUUUGAAUGAGGAUGACAAUGGAAGAGAUGAAGAAUGAAGCAGAGACCACUUCUAUGGUUUCCAUGCCUCUCUAUGCUGUUAUGUACCCUGUUUUUAAUGAGCUAGAAAGAGUAAAUCUAUCUGCAGCUCAGACACUGAGAGCAGCUUUUAUUAAGGCUGAAAAAGAAAAUCCAGGUCUUACACAGGACAUCAUUAUGAAGAUUUUGGAGAAGAAAAGCGUGGAUGUGAACUUCACAGAGUCUCUUCUGCGUAUGGCAGCUGAUGAUGUAGAAGAGUAUAUGAUUGAAAGACCAGAACCAGAAUUCCAAGAUCUUAACGAAAAGGCACGAGCACUUAAACAGAUUCUUAGUAAGAUUCCUGAUGAGAUCAAUGACAGAGUGAGGUUUCUUCAGACAAUCAAGGACAUCGCGAGUGCAAUAAAGGAACUUCUCGACACAGUAAAUAAUGUCUUCAAGAAAUACCAGUACCAGAACCGGCGGGCACUUGAGCACCAAAAGAAAGAGUUUGUAAAAUACUCCAAAAGUUUCAGUGAUACUCUGAAAACCUAUUUUAAAGAUGGAAAGGCAAUAAACGUGUUCAUAAGUGCCAACCGACUAAUUCAUCAAACCAACUUGAUACUGCAGACCUUCAAAACUGUGGCCUGAAAGCUGUAUAUGUGGAGAGUUGUACUUUUCAAUGGUGGAUAGGGUACCUUUAUAUGUAAAUUUUAAAAAGGUUUGACUGUAUAAAUUAUCAGCCCCUGGUGAGGGGCCCUGAUGCAGGAUUUUGAAUGGGAUUUAUUGCCAUCUUACACCAUAUUUUUGUAAAACAUUGUAGCUUGAGCAUAAUCUCACGAGGAAGAAUUUUUU